CCCGGGGCUGCCGCAGGGCGGGCCCCGGCAGCUGUGCCUCGGAGGCCCGGCCGGCCGCUGCCUGGCAGGCCCGGCCCCCUGGAUCCGGGUCUCACCGCCCCCUGCGCCGCGGCGGGGCCGGGAGUGGCGGCGGGCCCCGGGCCGGGCCCGGAGAGUGCAGAAAUGUCUCGCAUCGAAAAUAAAGGACUAAUACUGGGCAUAAUGGCAGGGACUGCUGGAAUAAGCCUGGUCCUGAUUUGGUACCGCAAGGUCCGAAAACCUGGUGCAGCUGCGCGUAUACCUGACUUCGCAGAUGUAGGUAACAAGCUUAAUUCUGUAGGCAUGCAACAUGAAACUUAUAAUGAGCAAGGGACGGUAAUGGUUUUACACAGAAGGCAACUGCAGAUACUAGAAAAAUUAAAUGACUUGCUAAUAAGCGUGGAUGAACUGAAGAGAGAGGUGAAAUUUCUGAAAGAAGCUAUCCCAAAGCUUGAAGAGCUUGUUCGAGACGAGCUCCAAGGGAAGGGAGAUGCUCAGAGAGUUAGCCCGUCACACAGAGCAGCAAGGCGGAGAAAAGCUGAGACAACCCCUGCAAAAGAAACUACCAGCUCUGAGGAGGCAGAAAGUGAAGGAGGUUACCUCACAGCUCAUACUGAUACUGAAGGAGACUCUGAGGAAGAAAAGGGGUGUAAGAAAUCACCUGAUGUCACCGUGCAAUCAGAAGAAGAAGAGUUACUUAAUCUUCUACAGCAGGUGGACAGUUUGCACAAGGGUUCAGAAGAUGAUAAGAAGGAGAGCUUCAGGCUGCUACUUGAGAAAGAUGACAAGUAUGAAAACCGUGUGGAUUUCCUUUGGAGAGUUGCACGUGCCUAUGGAGAUAUGUUUGAGAUGACUGCUGAUACUGAGGAGAAGAAGAAAUAUGUUUCUGAUGGAAAGGAUAAAGCUGAAAAGGCUGUCCAGCUGGAUGCCAGCAGUGCUGAGAGUCACCAGUGGUUUGCAAUUAUGUGUGGCUAUAUGUCUCAGUUUGAAAGUGUACAAAACAAAAUCAGGAAUGGUUAUCUCUUUAAGGAGCACCUAGACAAAGCAAUUGAACUUAAGCCUCAAGAUCCCUUUUUAUAUUACCUAAAUGGAAGAUGGUGCUAUUCAGUAGCUCAGUUGUCUUGGCUUGAAAAGAAAGUAGCUGCUGCUCUCUUUGGGACUCCACCAACUUCAACAGUAGAAGAAGCAUUGCAGAAUUUUCUUAAGGCAGAAGAAAUGCAUCCAGGAUAUUCCAAAUACAAUUAUGUGUAUUUGGCAAAGUGUUAUAAAGAUCUUGGCCAGAAAAACAAUGCACUGAAGUACUGUGAUUCUGCACUGUCAGUUCACUCAGUUACUAAUGAGGACAAAGAGGCCCAGAAAGACUUAGAGGCUUUACUUCUCACACUGAAGUUGUGAUACGAUGCACUUUUUAACUCUUCAUGUUGUGAUAAAACUGAAGAACUGAAACGAGAGUCUGUAGUGAUUGGGGACUGCAGGUGAAUUCCAGCUAAGUCAGUGGGAAAACUGUCACUGAUUUUUGUUGGCUUGGAUCUUGGCCUUUGAGCUUCUGGCAAUUAUGACAUGAAAAUGAUGCAUUCAUUUUUGAUUAUUUAUAAUCUUGUAUUGAAGUUUAAUUUUAGAUUGCUGACACUGUGAAUUUGAUUCUCUAAACAUGAGGUCCACUGCUGGCAAUGGACAUUCUGGGGAUAGAAUGCAAAAUGCAUACGUCUUACUCUUUGAAAGAUUAAUGUAUGAUGCCAGCAUAGAACUGCAUGUAGCAAAAUCAAAAACAAAAAAUGUUUCUAUAAUAAAUUAUAUUUGUAUCAACUAAUCUACACCGUUGUGUACAAAAGGAAAUCAUGUAUGUGUGUGUUUACACAUUAUUCUUAUAAAAUUAGAAUCUUAUUAAAGAAAAAGCUGUUGCUUCCACAAAGGUCUUUUUACUUUAAACCUACUGCUGGUUUUACAUGGAAAUUGUGAAAACUUUAUAAAUAAAAUAUUUAAGUUGUAUUUUAUUUGUAACAUUAACAAGUACGAUAUUAAAAAUCUGACUGAUGAAAUUCA